CACGCAUGCGCAGAACUCCACGGAGCCUGUGUUUUGGUCUAGACUGUUUAUGCUCCAAAGUUACUGUUAUAGUUAUUAUUGUGAAAUACUGAAGCCUUAAAUCAUAUCGCCUUGUUCAAAAGCUACUGACAGUUUAUUCAUUUAACUUCAAAUAUCUCAGCUGACUGUCUCCGAGGAGGCUUGUUAGUUAACUGUGCAGAUGUCAUCAUGUUCACGCCCAGACUGACAGCUCCGGCUCUUUCCUUGUGUUUCUUCCUGCUGGAUCUGUGUGGAAUAAUACUCCUGCAUGCAAACGUGUCGGGUGACGUCAGAGUGGUUGUGAAAGAAGGACGUGACGCCAUUUUACCCUGUUCACUCAGCACCAAGGAGAACGCUGAGGAGAAACUCUUUGACUGGAAGAAAGAUGGUCAGCAGGACGUUUUCUUUUAUGAUGCGGGAAUUCAUUCUAAUAACGGCCGUCCAGGUCAAGAUCAGCAGUUCAAAGGUCGCGUCUCACAUUUUCAAGAUGAGCUGAAGUACGGCAACGCCUCCAUCAUCAUCAGAAAUACGAAGGUGACCGACAGUGGAGACUACAGCUGUGAUUUUCCACAUCUGCAGCCAAGACAGAUAUUCAACAUUCAGCUUGUUGUUGUUGGAGCAUCUCCAGAGCCGUAUGUCAAGACACUUAAUCAAACGCAGGACGUGGCCCUGCUGCAGUGUGAAGUUCUUGGUGCUUCUUCAAAACCUACAGUAGAGUGGCAGGACAGUGCUGGAAACAAACUUCCUGCUGAGGAGCCACAGGUCUCAGAAAGAGGAGGCAGCUUCUACAUCAUCCUCCAAACUACUGUGAUGAAGACCGACAACUAUCGCUGUGUAGCCACACAGGAGGAGAUCAGACAUCAGAUUUAUACUGAGAUCUACGUGUAUAUCUGUGAGAAACUGUUCAGCAAAGGGGACGUCACACGGUGGUUUUUUGGUGGAAUCAUUUUGGGAGCUGUAAUUGUUGUUGCAGUUCUAGCUUUGCUUGUAGCUACAAAGUUCAUCACAGUACGCCGUAAUAAAGAUCACAGGCGCAGCUGCAGAGCCGUCCAUCAUGAUAGUUGAUGUCACAGAGUUUGGGGUCCUGCUGCAGUGUGACGUUCUUGGUGCUUUUCCUAAACCUACAGUAGAGUGGCAGGACAGUGCUGGAAACAAACUUCCUGCUGAGGAGCCACAGGUCUCAGAAAGAGGAGGCAGCUUCUACAUCACCCUCCAAACUACUGUGAAGAAGACCGAAACAAACCUACGAUCAAUAGUUAACAUCACUGUGCCAGACUGUAGAAAGAAGUGGAUAAAGACACCACGACGUCACCUGCUGGUUUGUGGACUAACGUUUUGGCUCAAAUUUGGCAUAUUGGCCGUCGCCAUCUUGGUUGUUUAGAGGGUUGUUUGGGGAGGCGAUGGGGCAGUGGACAAGACGCAUGCCUGUGGUGUGAGAGACACAGGUCCGAUUCCACCACUGUGUCCCUGAACAAGACACACAACCCCUCGUCGCUCCAGAGGCGUGCGACCUCUGACAUAUAUAACAAACUAACAAAUGGAAGUCACUUUGGAUAAAAGCAUCAGCUAAAUGUUUACAUGUUAGAAACAGAAGUGAUCAUAUUUUCACUCAUCAGGAAAGUGUUUACUGAGGUAAUAAAUCAAGUUGGGUCAUUUUCAUAUAGAGUUCUAUACAAUCAGACUUCUUCAUGCAGUAACUGGAGUGCUGAUCUAGUAUUCAGGUUUAAGGAGGGUUCCCUCUUGCCUCUUUCACACUGUUGUUAAAGACAUGAUAGCACCUAAAUAAAAGGAGGAAGCUACAUACAUAUCCCAACAUAACAGAGCUUUAAAAAGAGCGACCUGAUAAAAGUAUUAGAAUUGAUCAAAUCCAAAUAUUUAUAUCCAACAGGUCAGGGGCUAAAACCAAAAAGAACAGAUACCCUAAUUAAUCAGGUGAUUUGUUAAACCAGCAGAUCCCAGAUCUGGUUCUCAGAUUAAAAUCUGUAACAUGGGCUAAAUGCAGUAAUGUAAUUGUACCUCAACCAUGUAGUGCCUUCAAACUUCUACAAAAGCUUGAGCUGUAGUAUAAGAUAAACCUCUAUUAAUCCUUUGUAGAGGAAAUUCAGGUUAAUGUUUGAUACUGUUUUCUUUUGGUUAAAAGUUCUACUAGUCUGAAUAAGUUGGUAAUAAUUGAACCCAUCUAUCUCUAUGAGCCCAAAACACAAAGCCUGAAACUUUUUCAGACGCUGCAGGAGGUUUUUUUCUGCAGCUGUUUGUUUGAAUGUUUGUGUAACAGGAAAAAUAAUCAAUGAAUAUUCCUCAUUUAGUUUUUUGGUUUCGUCCCCGGUGUGAAACGAUCUGUGGGCAGCUAAACGUGGGAGGGGACUGAACUUUUGUUUGUUAUUGGAGUUUACUUGUUUUAGAAAGGUAUGUAGACUAGCGGACUGGCCCCCAGGAGCACCGGGAGAUUUCCUGGUGGCCGUUUUGGCUUCCCGUUAAUUGUCUACUUGACCACCAAUACAGAAAACGUUUUUACUCCACGCAUCAGGCCCGUCUCGAGGCCUUUUCAGACGGGGAGCGACUCUCUGCCUGCGUACUCUCUUGGAUCCGCUGGGUCUCUCUGAGCUCCUCAUGUGAACAGACAGGCAGACAGCGCUCUAUCUUCUGUGCGCUACUGAAUCGCUGCUGGUUUUAUUUUUAGAAAAAAAGGUACAUUGGCUAGAAAUUAUUGAAGGAUGGACGUGUUUAUUUCUGUUCUGUUUGCGUUGUUGCGUUGGACACCAGAGAGCGAGUCUUCAGUUUUUUGUCGGCUGAAGGAGCUUUUUGGACUUUUGUAUUACUGACUCUGAUCGUUGAAGCUUAUGUUCAGUGAACAUGUGAAGUGUUUAAUGCUUUUGAUAUGACUGAUGCUUGAAAAAUAAAAUAAUUUAACAUUA